AUGGCGUCGAUGUCAGGCAAUAUGUCCUACUGCAAGAUGUUACGUCGAUGUGCGGUAUGGCAGUUCCUGUUUCUUGUAUACCUCUUAGGGGGUGCAUACAUCUUUCUAGUCAUCGAAAGUCCUCAUGAGUUGCAGGAACUGAAUAGAAUGCAAGAAAUGAAAACAAAUAUUACGGAUCAUAUGACAGGAAAUACAUUCUCUGUCCCGCAAAACAGAACUACCAGACGCACAGUUGUAAAGAAAUUUCUCGAUAAAUAUGAACAAAUGUUGUACGAAAAUUUCCAGCAAGGCAUCAAAACCAAUAUCACUAGGUGGAAUUAUAUGUCUGCUUGUGUAUUCAGUCUUACGGUUAUCACUACAAUUGGUUAUGGACAUCUCGUUCCUGCCACAAGCGAAGGUCGACUUGUCUGUGUUUUCUACGCGUUUAUUGGUAUACCUCUGGUUUUAAUAUAUCUGUCUAGUAUGGGUCAGAUGGUGGCAAUGCCUCCCAGGGCUGUAUCAAGAAGGCUUUCCAAAGUGUACCAGUCUGGACGGAAAUCGCUACGCAUUAGAAUUCACUCGAUUUCUGAGUUCAGAAAAUCACACAAAGUCGAAUGCAACACAGCAUUUACUAAUUCAAUACCAACUAUAAGCGGUAACGUGGUCGAUGAUACUGAAUAUCCACAGCCUUCCUUGGUAAGGACAAGUUCUACGGAAGGUGCUGCAACCCCGGGGUCGACUCUCAUGUUAGUGAAAACUGCACACUCUACAGAUUUGCGUGGCACAUAUGAUGAAUUGGCGUUUGCGUUUCUCAAUGGCAACUCUGCUGUGUAUUCUCACU